AUGUCGACUGUAGACCCUAAUCAGCGCGUAGUCGACCCGCUGGAGGGCACUGCACUAAGCCUGUUUGUGGUGUCCAUCGUCGGCGGUGUAGUGUCACUAACAGUGGUGGGAUUGAGGACAGUUAUCCGACUUCAUGAGGGGAACUUCCGCGUGGACGAUGGCUUGAUGCUCGGCGGUCUGAUCAUCUACUUGCCCGAUGUCGCUCUCGCCUGUGUGGGUGCUCUGAGUGGCCUGGGCACUCGCAACGCCAACCUCAACGAGACGAUGAUGGUCCAGGCGAUAAAAUACUUGAUGCUGUGGAUGCUACUCUAUGUGACGGCGUUAUGCUUGGUCAAAACGUCCAUCUGCAUGACCAUGCUACGGAUCGCAACCACCAUGCCAAAGCUGCGCAUCGCCGUGUAUAGCCUGUUGGGAUUGACAAUCGCCACCUUUAUCACAACUUUCAUCGGCAUCCUGCUGCUAUGCCGCCCUGUCGCGGCCAACUGGGAUCCAAGUAUCAUAGCGGAAGGUCGCGGCGAGUGCUCCCCAACCACCUCCAUGCUAGGCUUGUCGUACACGUCGACUGCGAGCACCAUCGCCACAGAUCUCGCCUGUGCCAUUCUUCCGGCUAUACUUCUCUGGCAUACGCAAAUGAGGCUCUCGAAGAAGAUCAUGGUCGCUACGAUCCUUUCUUUCGGCUCUUUUGCUUCAAUCUCAACCAUCAUUCGCACUCCGUACAUCGAUAACUAUAACCGUCCCUUGGAUGACCUUCCUUUUCACAUCGGCAAUAUUCCCCUUUGGUCGAAUGUCGAGACAGCCAUCGGACUUAUCGCCGGAUCCGCCCCUGCCCUGCGCAGACUCUUCUUAUAUCACCAGUCACCACGAGCUACGACCCGCGGUACCGAUGGCGGCUCCCAUGGACUGCCCCAAGGGUCGGGGUCGGUUGGCCUCGUUACCAUCGGUGGCUCAGUCGUGACAUCUUCUAAAAAUAAGGACCACAAGGGCUUGAAGUCCAACUUUGGCGAAGCCGAACAGGGCAACUGGACGCGCCUUGAUGAGGAUACUGGAUCAGACAAAGAGAGCACUGUGCCUAUCCGUGGGAUUCGGAGGAACAUGACCUUUGAAGUCGAGACGUCAACGUUACACGAUCACGAGCACGAACCUUAA